GUCCACAGCAGUGGAGCGCAAAUUGGUUACAGCUGCUGCUGAGUGUCUGCUGCCUGGCAGCUCUGCAGGCCUGAGUGCUAGACCUUACACCUGCUGCCCCACUCUUGGCAUGGACGAGACCACUGUAGUGCAGGAGUCCUGAGGGCAGGAUGACUGCAAGGCAGGACACGUGCUCUGAAUCACUGCCCCUUCCGUGCACAGUGGCCCUACAGGAGUGUGUGCAGGAGGCACUACAACUGUGCAAGGAACAGAGUCGCAUACUGGGGAUGGCCAAAACGGCACUGGGCAGAACAUGGGGGGGAUUAUCUGCAUUCAUGUCUAUGAAUGUUCUAUAGCUGUGAGGCAGGUGCUUAUUGUUUCACAGGCUGAAAGGUGAUUAAGGUUAAACCCUGCAAGAAUCCAAGCAAUGGUUGUGGACAGAAUUCAAAUGCCUGGUGCUCAUGUGGGCAAUACCAGGAAUCCACUGCAUGAAGGCUACCUCCAGCCCCUCUGGAGAAAUGUAUAAACCAGUCUGGAGCCAAUUCAGGGGAGGCACCCCCCAGAGGGAUCUGUGCAGCCACUGGUGGGGAAUUCACUGGUCAUGAACAUCUGUAGCAGUGUCUGCUGAGAGGGCACGCAAAGGAUCCUCUGUCUGUGUCCAGGCAUGUGGGCAGUGCCCUCCCUGGCACACAGGACCCCAGGUUCCGUGGCAGGGAGACCGCUCCCCAGCUACUUCCUUCUUCCUCCCCCAGCACCAGCUGCCCUGGAGCAGCAAUUGCCGUAAAUGCAACUCAUGUGACGCUGCAGCUUCCUGUGAAUUUCCCAGUGUCUGCCUCGGCUGUGGGUGCAGUAAGCGAUACGCCGGGUGCUGUGCUCCUCGGCUCAGCCUUCCCCUUGCUUGUCGUGUGCCAGCCUUUCUGGAGAGAGCACCAUGCUGCGCCGCAAGCCGUCCAACGCCAGCGACAAGGAGCAGGCGCAGAAGAAGAAGCUCUCCCUACAGCGCUCCAGCAGCUUUAAGGAUUUCGCCAAGGUCAAGCCCAGCUCCCCCGUGGUGAGCGAGAAGGAGUUUAACCUGGAGGAGAAUAUUCCUGAGGAUGACCCAGCCAAUGCACUUCCUGAUGACACUGGGAAGAGCAGUGGCAUGAAGCUGGGCAAGAAGUGGAGAGCCGUCAUCUCCCGCACCAUGAACAGGAAGAUGGGCAAGAUGGUGGUGAAGGCGCUGGCCGAGGGGAAGGGAGAAGUGGGGGAGGAGGGGUCCAUGUCCCCCAUGUUGCUGGACAGCAGCCUGGAGGAGCCAAGCCUCGAGAAGAUGCCCUUGUCGUACAUGGAGCUGGAAGAGGACGUGCACACGCCGCUCAGCCGCCAGACAUCCAGUGGAAGUGAAUUGGGCUGCACCAGUCCCUGCACCACGGGCAGCAACCGCGACAGCAUGAGGCUGGAGGAGCCCCGCCCGCCCUACAGUGGCCCUUUCUGCGGGAGAGCCCGGGUCCAUACGGACUUCACACCCAGCCCCUAUGACAAGGACUCGUUGAAGCUGCGGAAAGGGGACAUCAUCAGGAUCAUAGAGAAGCCCCCCGUGGGCACCUGGACGGGGAUGCUAAACAACAGAAUGGGCUCCUUCAAGUUCAUCUACGUGGACAUCAUCCUUGAGGAGCCAGUGCCAGCCCGCAAGAGCCGGGGGCAGAGCAAAAGCAAGCGGCCAAAGCCCAAGACCUUACACGAGCUGCUGGAGCGCAUAAACCUGGAGGAGCACAUCUCCACCUUGCUAUUGAAUGGCUACCAGACCCUGGAGGACUUCAAGGAGCUGCGGGAGACCCACCUGAAUGAGCUAAACAUCAUGGACCCCCAGCAUCGUGCCAAGUUGCUCACAGCUGCUGACCUGCUGCUGGACUAUGACGCGGCCAGCGAGGCUGAGGAAGGAGAGAACUCGGAGCUGCAACCUUCCACCUCAGACCCCAAAGGGGACAUUCCCCGCGACUCCGGCUGCUUCGAAGGAUCUGAGACACUGGAGAGCGGCCGUGAUGAGACGGAGCUGAACAGCACAGAGGAGCAACUUCAGACCCUCUCUCUAGAAUAGUCCUCCUGAGCCUGCCCCCUCCCUGCCCCAGCAUUGUCCUCCCAGCACUACACAUCAGGGACUGAGCCUGCAGAGCAGGGAGGACAGGACACGACACCCCAGGGGCACACUCUACCCUGACCAACAUCUGGGGAGAUUCCUGGACCACAGGUGACCACCCCCGUGCUGGGAACAGUCAUGUGAGCCCUGCAGGGGAAGACACUGGGGCUGUUUUAUGGUUCCAUGGGGCAGCUGCCUAGGUCCCCACCCCAGGAUACAUCUCCCCUUUGGGAGCUGCACGGGGCCCCUCUGCGCUCCUGUCGAAGACAAAGGACCUGCUUCUGCAAAUAGCUCAGCCUUCAUCCUCGAGCAUCUCUGUUAGAAACUCCAGCCUCAGAGCCUGUGCAUUAGCCAUGAACAGGUGUUUUCCUGCCCCUCUGCCUGGCACCCACUGUGGUCUGCCCACACCCUCUGCCUGGCCUUACCAAAUGGCCGAGGCCUCAGUCAGCAGGACACCCUUUGAAUGGGAAGGAUCCAGGAAGCUCCUGGGCAAUGCAAAGCCACACAGUUUAUCUAAGAGGGUGUCUGGGGCUAUACAAUGGGAGAUGCCCACUUGCAGCUGAAGCUCCCCAGCAUCAGAGUCUCUUUGCAAGGGAGGCUACAGGUAACCUAGGAGUUGGUGCUAACAGGGUGAGGGAGCCAGGCACCGAACAAGAAGUGAGACCGUUGUGUUUCUAACGCAAGUCUCAGGAUGGUGGAGGGAGACAGGCAGCAGAGCAGGGCGAUGGAUGCCACGCAGGAUCCUUGGCAUCAAGACUCAGCAAGCGCUGGAGCAGCAGUCUGUAGCCUCCCAAGCUGCAUUCCUCAGCAAGGGGCGAGUCCCUUGCAGGGCAGAGCCUAGCCAUGUGGCGACCAGCUUGGCCAGAAAGCAGAGGCUUUGGCUCCAGGGGCUUUGCCAUUCCUCGUCACAGGACAUAGAGUUAUUAGAAAUACGGCCAGGCUGCAGCAGCUCCCCCAGCCAAAGGCGCGGGCCAGCUCACUGCAGCAACAGACCAGGCCAUCAUUCCAGCCUGCCACACACACCCGCUGAGGCCGACCUGGCUCAGGGCAGCAGAGACUUGUUUGGAAAGUUGGUAGGAAAGGCAGCACCUUGUGUUUUAAAGGCCUUGCAUUGUGCUCGCAACACUCCCCAGUGUGUGGCAU